CAUGUGAUUUUUCACGCCAAUUUCAUAGACAUAGUAGCACAAAACUCUUGCCUAAGUUAAGAGAUUGAUGGAAACUCAAAGGCACCGCUUGGUUCUAAUACCACCACCAUUUCAAGGACACUUAACUCCAAUGCUUCAACUAGCCACCAUCCUUCAUUUAAAAGGGUUCUCCAUAACCAUAUCACAUGCUCAUUUCAAUUCCCCCGAUCCUUCUAAUUACCCUAACUUUAGUUUUCUACCCUUGUUCUAUGAUUUAUCCGAUACCAACAUCACCUCCAAGAAUGUUGUGGAUGUUACUGCAACCUUAAAUACUACCAAGUGUGUAUCUCCAAUUAAAGAGUCAUUAGUUGAUCAGAUUGAGAGAGCAAAUAUAAACCAUGAAAAAAUUGUUUGCGUCAUCUACGAUGGAUCAAUGUAUUCCAUCGAUUCUGUGGCGAGAGAACUACAACUACCCAGCAUAGUCCUCAGAACCACCAGUGCUACUAAUUUGCUCACUUAUCAUGCGUUUGUUCAGCGACAAAGCAAAGGUUUCCCUCCCUUGCAAGAUUCUAUGUUGUCGUUGGACUUGGUGCCAGAACUUGAACCGCUCCGAUUCAAAGACCUACCAAUGCUCAAUUCUGGUGUUAUGCAGCAGCUAAUAGCCAAAACAAUUGCAGUAAGACCUUCUCUGGGUGUUAUCUGCAAUACAGUGGAUUGCCUUGAAGAAGAAUCCUUGUAUCGUCUACACCAGGUGUACAAAGUAAGUAUCUUCCCCAUAGGCCCUCUACACAUGAUUGCCGAAGAAGAUUCCUCGAGUAGUAGCUUUGUGGAAGAAGAUUAUAGCUGCAUAGGUUGGCUCAACAACAAAGCAAGAAAAUCUGUGUUGUAUGUGAGUUUGGGAAGCAUAGCUAGUUGGGAAGAGAAAGAGCUAACUGAAGUGGCUUGUGGCUUAGCCAAUAGCAAACAGAAUUUCCUUUGGGUUAUUAGGUCUGAGACAAUUAGUGAUGUUUCAGAAUGGCUAAAAUCAUUGCCUAAGGAUGUUAAGGUGGCAAUAGCAGAAAGGGGCUGCAUUGUGAAAUGGGCACCCCAGGGUGAGGUUUUGGCACACCAAGCCGUGGGAGGAUUUUGGAGCCACUGUGGUUGGAAUUCUACGUUGGAGAGUUUGUGUGAAGGAGUGCCAAUUAUGUGUCAACCUCAUUUUGGGGAUCAGAGGGUGAAUGCUAGGUUGUUGAGCCAUGUAUGGAAGGUGGGGAUAGAGUGGUCCUAUGUCAUGGAAAGGGGUGAAAUAGAAGGUGCAGUGAGAAGACUAAUGGUGAAUCAAGAAGGGAAGGAGAUGAGCCAGAGAGCAUUGGAAUUGAAGAAUGAGAUUAGGUUAGCUGUGAAAGGUGGUUCUUCCUAUGAUGCCUUGAAUAGGUUGGUAAAGAGUAUCUUAUCAGUGAAUAUCUAAUUUCAUAGCAAAAAAAAAAGAAGAAAUAGUUGGAUUGGGAUAUAGCUUUAGUGCUUUACUAUAUGUAAAAAUGUAAAAUCACCAGGAGUAGCUAGGAAGCAGCAGCCUGUAAAAACAAUGAAAUAUUUAACGGGGGAAAAAGCUAGAGUUUCUUAAUGUAAGUGUGGUUCCUGGCUUUGAUUAGUCAAGUUUAGAAAUUAAAAACUUCAGUGAGUUGAGUCAGCAUUAACAAAAA